AUGUUGAAAUUACUUCCAGUUUUGUGUUUCUCUCUAGUUUAUUCUCAAAAUUGUGUAGAUCGCGAUAGAUCAUGUCCAAAUUGGGUGAGAUCAGAUCCACGAUCUUGUCAAUCAAAGGAUUAUAUCAAAAAUAAUUGUCAGAAAAGUUGUGGCGAUUGUCCGAAAUAUGAAUUUAGUUAGUUUCACUGUUUUCCUUUUUACUGAUUUUUUCCUCACGAAAAUCAAAUUAAAUUUCCAGAAUACGACACAAACCGAUUACCGUAUUCACUUCAAUCAAUUUCAAGAUUAGUUGGUCACUGGAGAGGUGAACAUACCGGAAAAGUACGAUUUCCCACAAUUCCAACUUUCAAAUAUAGUGAAGAUGUGGAAAUUUCAAUUCCUGAAGGAUCAAACAUCAAUUCCCUUAACUAUACGUGAGUUUUUAUAAAGGUUUGGGGUUUUUACCACGUGGAUUUCUGAUGUUUCAAAAAUAACCUAACUUUUGGAAUUGAACUUUUUACAUGGAACAUUGAAAAUUUUGAAGCCAACGUUUCGUUUCAGACAGAAUAAUUUUCCACGUGUGGCUUUCGAUUUGAAAAAAAAUAUUUUUUCGCAGCGCCACAGCUUGGGCAAGUGAUAAAGAAGAUUUACACAAAGAAUCUGGCUACAUCACAGUCAAACCUAAUACUCGAGAAAUUCUUCUAACAACUGUAAUGAGCAAUGGUUUCAUCACAGUUGAAGAAGGUCCGCUGUCUGGAAAUACAAUCCGAUUUGUAUUAAAAGACAUCGGUCGAAUCAGUUUUGUGCGAGAUGAACAUGUUGAUAAUCUAGUUCGAGAAUGGACAUUGGUCGGUUCAAAAUCUCUACAUGCUCGUCUUUCAAUUCACACUUUAUCUCAUCAAAUGCAAGAACAUACAGUAAUCCAGUACACCAAAUUAACAUAA